AUGUUUAUUGGAAAGGCUAUAAUUCCACAGGAUCUCCCUGAAGGAAAAAUUUUUGUUGGAAAAUAUAUUUCUGAAACAAGAGAUGGAUCUCUGUACCUGACGUCGAUUAAAACUGGACGUUGUCUCAUCAGGGGAUCCAUUGAAUCAGCCAGGAUCCUGGAGCAGGUCAACAUGACAUUUACUGUCAGUGAUAGAAAAUCCAGCCUCUGUGCAGAGGUGGUUACAAAUGUAUCAUACAACUACAACGAAGACUUGUCGUGUUUACGUGGUGUUAAAGAGUUUCUUCUGGACAUCCAAACAACAAAUACUGUAAGAGGAAAAUUGUGGAUUGAAUUUAAAGGGACUUCGUUGCAAUUGGGCUGUGGGAACAACAUUCAAUUUCCAUCCGCCGUACGCGAAGUUCAAGACCCUGAACAGAACGGUGCUUCUACAUUACUUCCAAUAAUAAUUGGACUUGUUGCUGGACUCCUGUUUUUGAUAGCCCUGAUUCUGGUUGUACUUAAAAGAAAGCACGCUCUAACGAUAAAAACCGAGGCAAAGCAUCGUACUAUAAAUGCAACAACCACGCUUGAAAGAGAUGAAGAUUGUACAAAUUACAACAAUGAGGUCGAUAAACCUCGAAAUGACGCCAACAAUGCACAAGGGACAUCGUAUUCAUUUGACGACUCUCUCUAUAACACGAUAGACACAGAGGGUAAUUACUCGCAAAUAAAUAUUAAAAAGAACACUUUAGAAUCUGGGGGACGCAAUGGAGAACAGAUUGUAAAGAACGGAGCAGAUAAUACUGAGAAGUCACGGAUUGAGUUACGUGAUACAAAUAACGUAACCCCCAGGUCUAGUAACACAACAGAGAUCAAACCCAACACAAUCAUCGGUGAGGUGACGGGGGAUGUCUAUGCCGCUGUGUGUAAAACGGACGAUCUGAAAAGCAUGCGUAUUACUGGACCGAAAGGAGACAUCUAUGCAACGGUUUCUAUGGCAUCAAAUGUAGAAUAACUCUUACAAAGAGUCUUAUAUUGGACUUAAGACGUCAAUCUAAGGCAUCCUGCAAAUGUAAUUAUUUGCACACGUUGCAUAACGUUUUUUUUUUCUACAUGUACUUUAUAACUAUGCACACAAAAAACUUCAUGCAAAUAUUAAGUGCGAAUGGUCCUUCCUUGAUCUACAUGUAUUUACUAUGAUGUGGAUACAGCAAUACAGUUAACAGAAUCAAGCUAUUAUAUGCUUCAAAAUGUCAUUUGGUAAAAUUAAUGCAUUGGUAUUUCUGAAAGCAGCUGUACCUCAAAUUCGGAAGUUACUUACCUAAUGUAUUCUAUGUACUAGUAGCAUUGUAGAUUUUCGGCGUUAAUUAUAAUUUUUAAUAAACGACAGAUCAUCCUUUUUAAAAGAACGUUGUUUUUUACCACAUUUUUUAAGAAUCCAAACUUUUCUAGAAACAGUAGUUAGUUAUAUGAUUUGUAUGGCAUUACCAAACCUUUCAUUUAUUUUUCUGAUGCCUAUUUAGGCUUCAUAAAGACCGAUCAAAUAUUUACAAAAUCAAUUGUACUUUUUGUUACUUUUAUGAUAAAAAUUGUGAUAAAUGAAAUGAAUAGAUGAAAUUGUUCAUUUCUAUAUAGUCUAAUAUUAGCAAAAUUAUUUUAUGUGGAUGUGAAAUGAAUUUUACACACCUUAUCAUAAUUUCAUUCAAAUUGUUACGAUUUUAGUUUAUGUUAUUUGUCUUUACCAUUGAAGAGUCCCACAUAAAUAUCACUUGUUGAUAGGCCUAACACCCCUGCGAAUGUGUUCGGAAUGUUUUCUUUAUUGUUGCUAAGUAUGUAGUAAAUCCAGAGGUGCUCGAAUGAAAGUUCACGAGACUUCACCGAGAUUUGUUCAGUUCCUGUGAAAUUUUGAGCGGAAGUAUAAGUGUUCGGAUAAUAUUCUCAAAAUACGUAAGUACAGGUCGAUUUUCAUAUCAUAUCCUACUUUGAUUUAUGUUAAAACAUCAACAUUUUUAAGAUGUAUGUCUUAUUUCACCAUCUAGCGGUUUUUUAAAUUAAACGAUGAUACUCGAAACAGAGUUAUCGUUCGUGUUCAGCCACGUGUAGAGUGGUUGAUAAUAUAAAAAUUGGUUUGCUUAAUAAAAUCAUAGCCAUGUUUGAUGCUUGUGGUGUGCAAUACCAUGUUUUUAAAAAAAUACUGGGUGAAUGUUUUGCAUAAAAACUUUGUAUAUCGAGCCAUUUUUAAGGAACAUUCUGCAUAAAAUAGUACAGUCUGUUUCACUAUUAUACUCUGUCCCGAGUUUUUGCUUCCGCCACUUUUUGCUUGUUAUUUCAAUAAUAGUAAAUACCUUUGUGCUCAAACUACGUUAAUCCACUAAUAUAAAAAAUGUCCAGAUAAUCUGUUUUGAAACGCCCCCUCUACCGCUUCAGGUUUCAAUACACAUCCCGAAAUUGAAAGUCUACGGAGAUUUUGCAUUGCAACAGCCAUUAAUAAGCCCGGAUGAUAACGUUAAAAAAUUGCGCGAUGUAUUCCGAGUGUAUUCCGAAUGGAGAAAAGAUGUAAACAUUCCCCAUUAUAAAUCUCCGUAAGGAAUCUGUUUUCAUUCCUGUGAAUUUUUUUGAGUGGAAAGGGGUAUUUGUUCAAUAAAGAUAUCUUGUAUAUAUUCCCUUUUAACGAUUUCAACUGUAUUUCUUUCACAGGUAUGUGUAAUUUUAUUAAAAAUCAUCAAAAAGCGAUGGAAGCAAUAACUUGGGACCGACUAUAGUGUUAUUACUAGGUCAGGCGCGGAUCGAAAAUUAAUUCUUAGGGGGGGGGGGGUGUCUACUACGCAUGUUAAUUGUCGCAACAGCAGAAAAAAAUUUAUUGGCACAUUUAUUUCUAGGACACAUUUUACCCACCAAUUAAUGAAGAUAAAGUUUAAAAUCAAUAAACCUCUAGAAUUUAUAUUUGACUACAAGUACCUAGAUUCUCUAAAAUAGACUAUAAACACGAGGCACGAUUUUUACUGCGAAACUGAAAGGGUCAAAUAAAACCACGUGAUUUAAAAUUCAAAUGACAAUAACAUUAGCAGGUGUGUCUAAGUUAAUUUUAAAAUUUGUAUGUCUUUGAAUUGUUAUGUUUAGAGAACCAAUUUUAUGGAGGUUUUUUAACAAUUUUAUGUGGAUCAGCGACUCAGAUCAUUAAUCAGCAAAGGAUAUACAUCAGUAUUAAAAAACACUUAUCUACUACCUGUGAGUUAGUGGGAUAGUUCAUUAACAAACCCUUGACAUUAGUUAGGUUGACAAGCUUUUGAGGAAUGACUCCUGCGGGGGGGGGGGGGGUAGUAAAUGAGGUACCACACUCUGAGCGAGUGGAUGAAUGUAUACAGUCUUUCCUGAUAAUAUUUUCAACCAAUGAAAUAUACAGCAUGACAUGUUGUAUUAUAAUAUAUUUCUUAAAAAUAAAUUGUAUCCGGAAGGACAAAACCACAAAUGCUUUUUUAAAAACGUUCAUCCAACACUUCAUUUCUGUAAUAAACCAUAAAUCAAUUUUUAGUACAUGUUUAUAAAUGAAGAAUGACUACUGACAAUUUUUUAAAAAUAAUAUUCAAAGUUUUGAAACCAUUCAGAUGUUUAUCUUACGUACGUUUGCUCUGUUAUCCAGCUGUAUAGACAAGAACAUGGAAAUACCCGAUUUCUCUUACUACUCUCUCAUUUAUAUAUGAAGCUGAUAUAAGUUUGUGUUUAUAUGUAUCGUCAUACAUAAAACGUAUUUACAUUCAGUGUACAAUGUACAUAUAUCCCCUUAAUUAAUUUGGCACUGGAAAUAUGAGACGUUCAAAUUCUUAAGAAAACACUUAGCCUGUAUUCACGGCGCAUGGGCAUAAAUAUAAACUUCAUCGCGCGUUUUAAAUAUACAUAUAUUUAUUAUUGUAAGAUUAAAUGAAAGGUUAAAACUUAUCUAACCAAUUUGAUAUGUACUUAUGAAAAAUAAUCGUUAAAUCAUAUCCAUUCGUUAAUAAAAAAGAAAGGGGGGGGGUUCUCGACAAUGUUUUUGGCUGUGUAUUUUAGUCGCGGAUGCGAACUUAAUAACAUGUUAAUAUGACUGUUCCUUCUUUUUUUCAUAACGACCGGCUUUUUAUUUGCUAGCACAGCCCUGGUGUGGUAUAGGACCGGUGACAUCCAAUAAUUAACUUUCAAUGCUUAAAUGUAUUUUUCCAUAAAUGUUUUCAGCAUCAUUUUGAGUUCACGGUUAAGUAUUUUACCUCAUUGUUUUAAACACCUUUCAUUUUUUUUUUAAAUAUAGUUGAGUAAUAAAUUGAUACUAUUUUGUAAAAGCAUCGCAAUAAAACUCAAGUGCUAUUUUGCUCUACAUGUAGAUAAAAUUUAGUUAUUCAUUUUUUUUAAAUGUACAACGUAUGUAUAUAUUAGUUUCUGCUUUUCUGCUUGGUUUCAGGAUUUUGUCGUCGGUUGUUUCCUUGUCUUUGCAUACUUUUUUAUUUUGCUUAUACUGUGAUUUACAUUACUUGAUUUACUUUGUUUUAAAACCUUGAUCAUUUUUUUCAAUUAAUACUUUGGUUAAUGAUCAACUUAAAUUUUUUUUAUGUGUGUUUUUGGUUUCACCGAAAUAGAUAAUUGUACACGUAAUUUAAUUAAUUAUUAUAUUGCUCUCGUUAUGUUAUAUUUAGGCCUUAUGUUUCCUUCCUUCUUCAAACAAUAAAAUUACCUUUUAAGUUUAUACCUCAUGCACUCCCAUAAACAAAUAUUGUAAUUAUACCCCCACUUUCUAAAGAAAGUUCGGGUAUAAUGUUGUUACCCUGUUCCGUCCGUCCGUCCGACCGUCCGUCUGUCACGUUUUACUUUCUCAAACUGUUCUUACAUCUGAUAAACCAGCAAACUGAACUCUUGGAGUUUGAUUUGGGGUAACAUGUUGUUUUGUAAAAAGGUUUCAAAAAUUCUCUGUUAGUCCUGGGGGUCAAAUAAUUGGUAAAAAAUGACGUUUUUUUCACAAAAAACCUUCUUCUUGGAACUCCUCCUACAUUUUCAACAGUAGACAAAUCAUCUUUUGGAAUACAAUGUAUGUUUUAGGGUAUCCUAUAGAUGCGCAAUAAGGUUUCGGAAUUUUCAAUUUUGUCCUGGUCAGUUCUCAUCAAAUAAUGUCAUUCAGUGUUGAAUAAGUUACGUUGUUUUGAAAAUUAUUUCCAUAAGUCUAGAAGUUGUUAAGUACAAGUAUGAAUUAUUAGUUUUCUAGGAUUCUUGUAUUACAACGCAUACAUGUAUUCUUGAAAAUAGUUUUGCUUUUUUUAAGACAUGUAGUAAGGCCGCAUGAAUUCAAAGUAUGGAUUAUUCCAUUGAACACAAAACGUUUUUUAUCAAUUUCUUAUGUUUAGUGUGGAGAUGAUAAAAUUAAACUUUAUUUACUAUUAAUUAACUCUCUAUUACUUUGCAUUCAGUUCUCUUGCAUGAAUAAAUGUAUAUAUGUUUACAAGUUUUGUAUUGUCUUAAAACAUUUGAAUAAAUUCCAUUCAAAUUCA